GCCAUGGUAGACAACACAGCCACCCAAAACAAUGUGUAUUUAUAACAGAAUGUGUAAACUUUUAUACAAAAUCUUGACAUUUUAAACUUGACAUUUCAAACGUUUUUUGAAAACAAUAGUAAAGUAAACAGUACAUGGUAAAAAUGUUUAUGCAUUAACGUUUUCUGCCAUCUCUUGGACAAAUUGCUAACUGCACUUUUUUAGUUGCACCUGUCAUUACCAGGAACUACUGCAGGCAGAAUCCUAUACAACUCUCUCUCUCUCUCUCUCUCUCUCUCUCUCUCUCUCUCUCUCGAUGAGAUCAAAUGGAAUGUAGGUAUGUGUUUGCACAAAUCUUCUUUUCAAGUUGCCCUAUAAAGCUGCACACAGAGCAUGAAAAAGUGAAAUUUGAGCGUCUACAAACACAUUAAGAGUACAAAAGUCUUACUUUUGAAGUAAAAUGAUCAACAAUGUAACAAUGCAAUUGGUUCGGUGGCAGAUACUUUGUAAACAGAGCUACAGUGCAUGAAACAGUCAUGAGUCAUGAAACUGCUGAAAGCUCAGACGUAUAAUACUCAGGGUCGCGUUACAGGGAAAAGAUGUUGAGGAAGCUGCAUAAUAAAAGGAAUAUUUAAGCCUGAAGAUGGUAUCAACAUUGGCAACUUCUCCUAUUUCACAGGACACGUUACCUCACGAUGCUCCCUGUAUAAAUAUGUUCUCCGUCUGAGUUUGGCAUUUAGAGCUUCAUACCGACUCCUGGACAUCGGCUAGAAGACCAAAAUACAAAAUGCGUGAGUGCAUUUCCAUCCAUGUUGGCCAAGCCGGGGCACAGAUUGGUAAUGCGUGUUGGGAGCUCUACUGUCUGGAGCAUGGCAUACAGCCGGAUGGACAGAUGCCCAGUGAUAAGACAAAAGGAGGAGGAGAUGAUUCCUUCAACACGUUCUUCAGUGAGACGGCUUCAGGAAAACAUGUUCCACGUGCCAUCUUUGUGGAUCUGGAACCCACCGUGAUUGAUGAGGUGCGAUCAGGCAUGUAUCGUCAGCUCUUUCACCCUGAGCAACUCAUCACUGGUAAAGAGGACGCUGCUAACAACUAUGCCAGAGGACAUUACACCAUUGGCAAGGAGAUCAUUGAUUCAGUCCUGGAUCGAAUCCGCAAACUGAGUGAUCAGUGCACUGGUCUCCAAGGCUUCCUGGUUUUCCACAGCUUUGGUGGUGGUACUGGCUCUGGCUUCACCUCCCUCUUGAUGGAGCGUCUCUCUGUUGACUAUGGCAAGAAGUCCAAACUUGAGUUUGCCAUCUAUCCUGCUCCUCAAGUGUCCACAGCAGUGGUGGAGCCCUACAACUCCAUCCUGACCACCCACACCACCCUGGAGCACUCCGACUGCGCCUUCAUGGUGGACAAUGAAGCCAUCUACGACAUCUGCCGUAAAAACCUGGACAUAGAGCGUCCCUCUUACACCAACCUCAACAGGCUCAUUAGUCAGGUGGUGUCCUCCAUUACAGCCUCGCUGAGAUUCGAUGGAGCUCUCAAUGUCGAUCUCACCGAGUUCCAGACCAACUUGGUGCCCUACCCACGUAUACAUUUCCCUCUGGCAACAUAUGCUCCUGUGAUCUCUACUGAGAAGGCUUACCAUGAGCAGAUGUCUGUGGCUGACAUAACAAAUGCCUGCUUUGAACCAGCCAAUCAGAUGGUAAAGUGUGAUCCACGCCACGGUAAAUACAUGGCCUGUUGUCUUCUCUACCGUGGAGACGUGGUGCCCAAAGAUGUCAACUCCGCCAUUGCUGCCAUUAAGACCAAACGCGCCAUUCAGUUUGUGGACUGGUGCCCUACUGGUUUCAAAGUGGGCAUCAACUACCAGCCCCCGACUGUGGUACCUGGUGGAGAUCUGGCUAAAGUUCAAAGGGCUGUAUGCAUGCUAAGCAACACUACAGCCAUCGCUGAGGCCUGGGCUCGACUUGAUCACAAGUUUGAUCUGAUGUACGCCAAGAGAGCCUUUGUGCACUGGUAUGUGGGUGAGGGCAUGGAGGAAGGAGAAUUUUCAGAGGCCCGAGAAGAUUUGGCAGCUUUGGAGAAGGAUUAUGAAGAAGUGGGCACAGACAGCGUUGGGGAAGAUGAUGAAGAUGGAGUGGAAUUUUAAAAAUUUGUUUUUAUCAACUCAGGGUAAUCUGUUAUCAUUUUUGUUAGCUUUUGCUGUAACGUAGAUUUUGUCUCCCAUUUGCUACAUUUCAUGCUAAAGAUGGACCUUUAAAAGGUAAAAACUGGUAUAUUGAUAUAAAGGGAAUUACGGGUUGUACUCAGUAGCCAAAAUGAUUAUAAUAUCUCUCUAAAAUGAUUUUCUUGUCUGCUUUCUAUUUAUGAUAUGUCAUAUGUUACCCAUUUACAUCUGUACAUGGUUGCACAUGAAAGGGAUGUACACUGAGAAUUUUUUUAACACUUUACCCCUCACCCAUAGUGUCUGUCUAUCCGGCACAAACAUGUUUACAUGCUAUUACCCAUGAUUCAGCUGUCUGUACAUGUCCAAGGGCAUCAGUGUGAUAAGUAUUGUCAUUCACUAUCACUUUACCACUGAAAUUAAAGUUUAAUUA